AUGAUAUUUUUAAUUGUUGCAACACUUGCUGUUGCUUCAGCAGCUGAAUCUGAAAUCACUGAGAAAAUGAAAGAGUUCAAAAUUAUUCCAGAUCUUAUUCAAAGCAAUGUUCCAGAAACAUUGAAGGUUGAAUUUGAUAGUGGAGCAAUCGUCAACAUGGGAAAUAAAAUAUUCCCUUCUGAAGCAAGAAAUCAACCCAUGGUUGACUGGAAUGCUGAUAAAAAUGCUUACUACACCAUAAUGAUUAUUGCUCCUGAUGCACCUAUUCCAACUAACCCCUUCCUACGAAGCAUUGUAACAUGGUUGGUUGGCAAUAUUCCUGGCAAGGAUGUUCAAUCAGGAGACGUUUUAGCUGAAUAUUUCGCUAUUUCACCACCAAGAGGCAGAGGUGAACAACGUGGAAUUUACCUCCUGUACAAACAACCAGCAAAACUACAUUUCGAUGAGGAACCAAUUGAUAAAUAUACUUCUAAGGGUCGAUUGAACUUUUCGGCAGACAAAUUUUCAGAGAAAUAUGGUUUGGGUAAACCAAUUGCUGGCAAUUUUUAUAUGAGCGAAUUUGAUAAAUAUGCGUUGGUUGUGUUUGAUCAGUUACAAUGUUGUGUCCAGUAUAAUUUACCAGAACAAUAA